ACUCUAGUGUUCCAUCAGUGAUGGGCGAUAAGACGAGUAGCUAAUAUGCAAUCUUCUUUACAGGCUCAUAUUGGUUACAGCGAGGUAUGAGGAUGAGGGGAAAGUUUACACAGACCCACAAACAGUCUGCGGUCCGCUACGAGUCCAUUUUGUCAGACUCUGCAAAUGAAAGAACAAAUCUUCAUCCAGCUAUUUUAUGAGGUUUGAGCUUUGUUGCCAGCAUAAACACACAUCUACAUACACUUUGGAGGCAGAGCUACCAGCAGCCAGAGGACAGAUCAAGCCCACCGUCCUUCAAUGGCCACCGCGCGUUUUCCCGGGAAGAGUGUGGACGUGGCUGCCACCAACUGGACCGCUCCGGCGCCGGGCAGGCCGCUGUGUGUCAACGGGACGCCGUGGAUGCUUUACCUGCUGGAGGAGUGUGUGGAUAAUGUGUGGGAGUACUGCAGCGUGGUGAUAGGACUCAUAUCCAUGUUCUGUUUUCUGCUGUCCACUUUACCGCAGGUCUAUGAGGCCUAUCGUAAUGGUAAAGUGGAGGAGGCCAUGUCUUUUGGCUUCCUCUUCUUCCUCUUCAGUGGAGAUGUGACCAGUUUUGCAGGCUGCUACCUCACUAGUCAGCUGCCUAUUCAGGUAGUCACAGUGGUGUUCUACAUCUUCACAGACCUGAUCCUCAUCUCCCAGUUUCUCUACUACAAGAUAAAGAACAGCUCCAGCAGAAAGAGCCCUGUGCUGAAGUGGCUGUGCUUCACGUGGUGUGGUGCUGCUACGUUAGUCCUCCUGGCUUUACCCAAGUUCAUCAUAGACAAUAGUGCAACCUUAGACGCCCAGAGUCCAACUACCUCUAAAUCAGUGGAAAUCACUGGCUAUAUAUGCGGAUACCUGGCAUCUGUCUUCUACCUCUGCUCCCGUUUCCCCCAGCUCUAUAAAAAUUUCCAGCGACAGUCUACAGAGGGAACUUCUUACCUGUUGUUUGCCCUGGCCAUGAUGGGCAAUGGGACGUAUGGGUUGAGCGUCAUUGUGGUCCUCCCUGCACUGAGGGGCUCCAAACAGACAUUCUUAAUCAAACAUCUGGCCUGGCUCAUUGGCAGCCUGGGGGUCCUCAUACUUGACUUCUUUGUGACUGCCCAGUUCAUCAUGUACAGGAAGAACAAUUCUUCUAAAAGUGGUACACUUCUCAGUGUCCCAGAGGUGGAACCACUUCUGUGUGAUGAAGAGGAACUGUCAGUGUUAUAGGACACAGGAUGGACACCAACUUGAACAACUCAGUCAAGAAGGGACUGGUUAGUCUGCUUUUGACCAUUCUUUGGGUUCUAUGUGAUCAUUGAUUUACUAAUAAUAAACUAAGAAAACACAUUGUGUAAGCAUUUUGUAAACGAGUACCCAGAGCAGCCAGCAGGUAAUUCCAGUGCAUCUUUCUAGUCUGAUUUUCUGCGGUUAAAAGGAACACACCGUGAAUAUCUUCUGUGGUUUACUAAGACAGGUCGAGACAUUUUUCUUUACACUGGAGAUAAAUUGAAAACCACUUUAGAAACAUUUUGCGGGUUAUCUUCAGGCAGGCAUGAUGGCAUCACUCGAGUCCUUUUUGGUUUUGAGCACCAUUGUUUUUGAUUAAUUACUCCACUGGGAUUACUUGACUUUGUUUUGGAUGGAAUAACUGUAUUUUUAUUUGCCACCAGGGAGCAUACACACCCAGAGGAGGAAGCUUCAUGCCAGAUGUCUUUUCACAAAAGCAAGCUUUAUGGAUGAACAAAGUGCCUGUUAUAUUUACACAUUUUUAACAGGGUAAACACUACUGUAGCAGAUUGCAGUAUAACACCAGGAUGCAGGAUUCAGGAUUCAGUUUGUGUGAGCACAGCAAUAGAGGAACCAACACAAAUUUAUGUGAAGAUGGCAGAUAGUUUGGUCUUCCUGGUUUUCAUUUCUGGAUGGAGAGGAAUCUGUCAUGAGCAAGUCAUUAGAUCACUAGACACAUGGUGUGCGUGACAUUAAAUAGACAGGGCUGUAUAAAACUGCAGGGACCAAGCCUCUGCCGAAAAGAUGUUAAUUUGACUGCAGGUGCACUGUGGCCUAAUUGCUGUUUCAGAGGGAUGUUUCUUUCCCUUGUUUGUGCCUUUCACAAUAUAAUGCACUGUAUAUCCAUCCAAACCUAAAUUAUUAAGUAAAUUAAGUUAGAUUUCUAUUUACAGUGGUUUAUUUAAGACUGAUUUUCUUUGAAAAUGCAGUGAAACCUUUUUCUGUUUUUAUUUUUAUCCUCUCCAUUUCUAAAAUAUUACCUGCCUCUGUACAUGUGUGUGAGUAGUGUUAACUAUUUUCUCUUUCAUCCUCUUUUGUAACAUUUUCAUGAUGUUCAUUUAAGAAGACAUGAGUAUUUGAUAACAAAAUAGAUCUAACAAUAGGAACAUUAAUAGGAUGUUAUUGAGAUACUUUUAGUUUGCACAUGUAAGAUGUGUUUCUACUCUGUCAUCAGGUUUAAAACAGAGACAAUACUUGUGUCAAGUCAAAUUUAUUUUUAACACCUCUCCCUUAUUAGCUUCAUUAAAGAGUAAACAAAUAGACGACAACAGAGGAGAACAAAAACAAAGCAGAAUAAACAGUUGUCUUAUUGAUGAUCAUUUUGAGUAAAGCAAAUAUUAAUUUAGAUCAUCAGCAAAACUAAUAGCUGCUCAAUGUUGUGCCAAACUGUGUUACACAGUAUGUAUGUGAUGGUGUUACUGUUUAACCUGGUCAUCUACAUAACUAAAGUACUGUACUUGCAGAGAUCUGCCGUUUUAUCUACCUCAUUAUUAUAGUGUGGACAUGAUUUAUUACUGCAUGAAGAACUGGCUUGCAAUUGGAGCACAGUGCUUCAUGUGUGGAGCCAGUCUGUCUCUACAUGAGGGGAAAAUUUGAUUGAAUAAUGAGAAAAUUGAAAUUAAAAUCUCACUUUUUGGGGUAACACGUUAAAUACUAUGUUUCAUAAAGGGUAUAAAACAUACGUUAGUCAUUAUUAUCACAAUAACCUUAGCAACAUGACUGACCUUUAGUGCUAUUCUUAGCCUGUCCAGUGAUACAGUAAUAUAGGAUUUAUGUAAAUAUUGGGGGGACUUUUUCACCAGUAAAUUUAGUUUUUACAAAUUAUUUUUAUAUUGCACGAUUUCCUUAAUUCAUUGUAAAUGAGCUAAUAUACCUUUUCAAUCUAGCACAAAAAGUACCGAUUUAUUAUAUUACCACUAUAUACUGUAGAAUAAAUAGUAUUUACAAGACUGUAGUUUUUACUUUAAUGUUGGCACUGAAUUGCUAAGAUAAACUUAUUUUCUUUAAAUAUAAUGAUGCAUUUAACUGUACAUGGCCAGUUUUAUUAGAUAUUGGAGCUCUGUGGCAAGAUAUGUUUACUGACAAUGUUCUCUGAUAAUUACUGUAUGUAUAUUGUACAAAACUUGAAUAAACUGAAAUAUACCCUCA